GGGAGGAGGGCGCCGGAGAGCGCGCGUUGCCUGAGCUGGCCCGGGAGCGGCCGAGCCGAGUGUGCGGGGCGUCGCCGCGAUGGCUCCGGCUGGGGACCGCGAAGGCUACUGGGGCCCCACGACCUCCACGUUGGACUGGUGUGAGGAGAACUAUGCCGUGACUCUGUUCGUCGCCGAGUUCUGGAAUACAGUGAGCAACCUGAUUAUGAUUAUACCUCCGCUCUUCGGCGCAGUUCAGAGCAUCAGAGACGGACUGGAGAAGCGGUACAUUGCGGCUUACUUAGCGCUCACGGUGGUGGGGAUGGGCUCCUGGUGUUUCCACAUGACCCUGAAGUACGAAAUGCAGCUGUUGGAUGAGCUCCCCAUGAUUUACAGCUGCUGUAUAUUUGUGUACUGCAUGUUUGAAUGUUUCAAGACAAAGAGCUCAAUAAACUACCAUCUGCUUUUUACCCUAGUCCUAUUCAGUUUAAUAGUAACCACGAUUUACCUAAAAGUAAAAGAGCCUAUAUUCCAUCAGGUCAUGUAUGGAAUGUUGGUCUUUACAUUAGUACUCCGUUCUAUUUAUAUUGUCACAUGGGUUUAUCCAUGGCUUAGAGGACUAGGCUAUACAUCCUUGACUAUCUUUUUGUUGGGAUUUUUAUUGUGGAAUGUAGAUAACAUCUUUUGUGAUUCACUGAGGAACUUUCGAAAGAGAGCGCCCCCUAUCCUUGGUGUCACGACACAGUUUCAUGCCUGGUGGCAUAUUUUAACUGGUCUGGGCUCUUAUCUUCAUAUCCUUUUCAGUUUAUACACAAGAACACUGUACCUGAGAUACAGGCCAAAAGUGAAGUUUCUCUUUGGGAUCUGGCCCAUGGUCAUGUUUGAACCUCAGAGGAAACACUGACGAAUUCUUCUAUCAAGGAAACAAAAGCACCUGCUAUAGUUCUGGCAAGAUGGUCCAGAAGUCCCCAAAGACUUGCACAUUCAGACACCAUGCCCGUCACAAGAGAUGGAUGACUCAGCCACACAGAAUGAGCAUCGGUUUGUUGACUGUUUAGCUCCUGGCUUUAUCUCAUUUGUCUGUGACCUUUAAGAUGCUUACAGAGAAACUGAUAGGUGUAUAUUUAUAUAUGGAAUGGGAGAAGUUGGGCUUUUCUUAGCAGGUUAACAGUCAGUGCUGGUCAUUCAUGGAAAAAGUUAAUAUUUUUUCUUUUC